CUAAAUGUUGGAAAUCAAAAUGGCUCCUUAAUUUUAACAGAAUCUAGUGAAGGUUUAAUUGAUCCCAUCUUCCAUCUAGGGGCGUGUAAUCGAUUGGAGAGGUGGCGGCAGUGAGGGUUUGCGUUUGAUUGUUUGAAUCCAGCGUAUACGAUUGGAGCUCAGGCAGCGGUGGUUGCGGCAGUCACUCUCCGUCGAAUCUUAAAGCAGAAGGAGCAGCAAGGAUGACUUCUAGUGGUGGUGGUGGGCAGCGGUCUAGCAGCGGUGAUGCCGGUGAAUCACCGAAAGGUAAAACCGUAGGUGCGGUUUCUGGUACUGAUGUUGACCAGUUGAAUCAAGGGUUGGGAGAUAUGAGCUUGGAUUCCAGCAAAGAUGGUGGUUGGGACGCUUUUUGCAAUGAAAACAAAAAAGGAGAUGGUUGGGGGGAAUGGUGUCAAGAUGAUGCCCAGAGAACCGUUGGAUCGGGUAAUGAUGCUGAAGAAGUUGAUGAUGGUGAUGACGGUGAUGACCUUGACCCUUCUGAGGAUGAGCUUGAUAGUGAUGAUUAUGAUUCAGAUGACAGUCAAAUGAGUCACGAUUCACGAAAGAAGAACCCGUGGUUUGCUGAAUUCUUUGGGACACUAGAUGAUCUGACCGCUGAGGAGAUUAACGAACCAGCUAGGCAGUGGCACUGUCCAGCUUGCCAGAAUGGUCCUGGUUCUAUUAACUGGUUUCGGAGUAUGAAGUCGUUUCUUACUCAUAUCAAAACUAAAGGGACAAGGAGACCAAAGCUUCACUGUGAUCUUGCUGAACUUUUGGAUGAAGAAUUAUGCAGGAGGGGGGCUACGUUAGUGCCAGCUGGUGAAUCAUAUGGACAAUGGGAAGGACUCAACAAAGAUGUCCAAGAUUGGGAAAUUGUUUGGCCACCAAUGGUGAUCAUCAUGAAUACACAGCUAAAGCAGGAUGAAAAGGAGAAGUGGCUUGGCAUGGGAACCCAAGAGCUUCUGGACUACUUUGAUUCAUAUGAAGCCGUGAGAGCCCGUCAUUCAUUUGGGCCUGAAGGGCAUAGAGGGAUGAGUGUGUUAAUAUUUGAAACCUCAGCUGUAGGAUAUUUAGAGGCUGAGCGUCUGAGUAAGCAUUUCGAACGUCAAGGUUUAGAUAGAAAUGCUUGGGAUCAUCACCCAAAUCUGUUCCAUCCUGGGGGUAAGCGGCAGUUACAUGGCUACAUGGCAACCGAAAGAGACUUGGAUAUCUUCAACCAGUAUUCAUUUGCAAAAUUCAAGUUGAAGUUUGAGUCAGUCUCGUAUCAAGAGAAGGUUGUCAAUCAGCUAAAGCAAAUGAACAAGGACUGCAAACAGUUGCCUUGGUAUAAGAAAAAAAUUGCCAAGCAAGAGAGGAAUUCAAAAGCACUUGAAGAGGCAUUUUGGUUAUUGUCUCGAAAGCUGCGGAAACUUGAAGAAGGGUCCUACACUGUCAACGCUGAAGAGAUGGACUUCCAAGAAAACUUUGAGGACCAGUUGAAUGUGAUCCAAGAUGCCAAGGAUGCACAAGAAGAAACUUUUAAGAAGCCGUCGGAGGAGCAUAAGAGGAGGGAGAAUCUUGAAAAUUUCUUCAAGGCUCGAGGACAAGAAGUUGAGGAAAUUGAGGAAGAGAGGGAGAGAUUGGCGAAGUUGCACGAAAAGGAGAUGGCUGAAAUGAAACUUAAGCAUGAGCAAGAACAGAUGGAGAUGGACAAGAAGUGUAAUGCAAAAUGGGAUCGAGUGACGGAAAAGUGCAGCCAGUGGAAGAAGGUUUAGGCAACGCGCUACUUUCACUAAUCGUUACUAGUAAGUCUUUGUGGCGUCGUUUUAAAUGUUAUGUAAGUAGUCGUCAUCUAACGGAUUUCAUGGGUUUUUUUGCAUCUCCAAUGGAUUUGGGUUUUGGUACAUUUGUGGUCGUAUAUGUAUCGAUUCACAUGUGAAACGUCCAUAAUGUAAGAGACCGGAUUUAUGGUUUUUCUUUGACUGC